AUGACAAAUUUACUUCCGCUUUCUUCUGAUAGGUCAGAUUGUUCAAACAUUACCAUAUAUAGAAAACUAAAAUUAAGAUCCUUUGAUCUCUUAAAGUUACUGUAUUUCCACUAAUGAUUUACUAACCAAUUUUCAACAGUUGUACACAAGUUGCAAAUUCUGCAUGAGGAGCCAAUUUGAUUAUCCAUUGUCACAAUACAUUUUGCACUACACUGGACACACUUUCCAAAAAUAUCCAGAAUCGCUUCUUCGAAAACGAUAAAUUUCACCUGCUCCAGCGGAGGUUUCCAAUGUAUUAGAAUUGUCUGCUUUUCUGAAUCAAUGUCCUCUUUGCUGCUUUCGUCACUUAAAGUGCCCCUGACACAAAAAUUGAUUUUUUGUCUAUUGAAAGUACACAUUAUGUGGAGUGUUUUGGCGAAAGAAUUUUUUGAUUUCAUUAAAAAGCAAAAAUUUUAGAGCGGUUUUAACACAAAAAUUUUUGGCACGUGGACGUCGGCUACAGGAGUCUGGGGAUAGCAUUUAUUGUGACAUCACGCAAGUUACUCGCGCUACACACAAACAAGAAGGAUUUUUAUCAUUUUUACUGUAUCUUAGUAUAUUAUAAAUCAUGUCUAGAACAGAAUCCGACUCGGAUAGUAGUUAUCAGUCCGAUGAUUCUGAUGUAAAUUUCAUACCCGGAUAUGUUGUGUUGGAAGAUGCCGAACAAUUUCUGAACAGUUCGAAGCGUUAUUCCAAGCUUGAAGACGACGACAACGAAAGUGUGCCCGGUUUGGCAUAUUCCGAAGAGCCUUUAGCUGAUGAGGAAUGGAUAAAAAGCUACCAAACGGCAGAGAACGAACGCAUAGAAUUUGAAGAGAAAUUGUGUAAAAGGUUUGACGGCUCCGUGGAAAUUAGCGAAUGGUAA